AUGAAGGCUCGCCCACAGAGCUCUGUGAACAAUAUAUUUCAGUUGUUGCAGAAUAGAGGAGCUGGCUCUAUUAAUGCUAAGUACCGAGUCUAUCCUGAUGUGAGAAGGUACAGCGUAAGGGGCGGUGGCUGUACGUUUUCGGAGAGCUGGACAGGUAGCUGGUUCCAGUCCGGCUAUCCUGGCCUCAUAGCUAUCAACAGCACACACAUACAGUCCAAGGGAGAAUGUGCCGAAACAGAUUCUAACGACAAGUUUCUUUUAUACGACAGGAGUGACGACUCAUACAGAUGUCUGGUGAUACACGAGAAGCACAAAUACGUUUUGCAGUACAAAGAGAGUCCAAACUGGCCCAAGGAUUCUCUGUCGUCUAUAUGCGAGCAGAUCAGCGGCGACGCGCCUCUGUUCUCUAUGUUCAGGAAGGAACCACGCCCUGUGCCACAGGAGUGUCCGUUUCAUCCAGCACCAUUUACCUUCACCUACAACAGAGGUACAGGUGACUGCGCGAAUCCUCCUUCACGAGCGGAAGCGUGCACGGACAACUCUCGACUGCUGCUGCGGUACAUGGCAUGUCCAGAUGUGCCAGGCACAGAGAGCAAUGUGGAAGAGUUAGUUUGUCUCGCGACCUGGAAGGAGGGUUCCACUAGGUAUCUAGUCGGACAAAUAUCUCAGGUGCAAAAGCGAAACUAUAUAGCGUCCGAUGAAGAAACAUUCAGAUGCUUCAUCUACAAAGGUCAACAUAGUGACAAGAGUAUGACGUAUAAUAUCGCCCAGUCCGGGGACGCGACGUGUAAUGGCGUAUCGUCGCCUACGGACGGCAGUCGCAUUAUGAAACUCACCAACAGCGACGAUGAACACAACCGAUGUCAUUUCCCAUCGUGGAUCCUCGAGCACCACAAGUGGUUCAGCUUGGAUCAUUCGCAUCAAUACCAUUUCACCACAAAGAACGCCACGCUCAAGAUCAUGAACGCUGAUGGCACUUAUGAGGAAAAGAGAUUAGUAUGUCACUCCAUUCUAGAACAGAAAGAGAAGAAACACAUCAAGUUAGUUGCUCACGUAACGAGCGGAUGCGAGUCCGGGCACGUGUGCCUGACGUUCUACCGGCGCGGGGGCGGCGUGCUGGAGCUGCAGCACGGGCCCGGCCUCUGGGACAGCGCCGAGGACGCCUGCUCCCCGCCCGCCGCCAGCCCGCCGUACCUCACGCUCAUAUCGACUAACCUAGUGCCGAUGCGGUGUCCGAUAUUAGGUCGAUAUAACGUCAUCAACUCUGGGAAUGAUCGCCGCCGGAGAAGACAACAGGCAACAAUAGGCAAUGAAGCUCCAACGGAGUGUGUGGCGGGAGCGUACGAAACCGUGAGCUUCGGCUGCGGAAACACGCAGGACACGAUAGAGUUCUCAUCUCACUGCGCCACUACUGUGUACACAUGUUACGGCAGCUGGAGCAGCGGCGGCAGCGGCUACCUGAUAGCGGCCCCGGUGGCGCGCGCCUCCACGCACCCGCGCACGCUCUGCUUCAUAUACCACACGGGACACGCCAACGAGACAUUAGGGUCGGGCCGCAUGUGGCUGAGCGCGGUGGGCACGUCCUGCGACCGCGCGGUCACGCCCGCCACCGCGCGCGACCACACAUACAACCUCACCAUCAACGAACGUCUUUUGGCUGAUAAGAAGAACGAGCAAGAAACUCGCAGCUCCAUAGGAGUAAUGGCAUUCACAAAAACCAUGUACAUGCGAGCAGAGCAGCAAGUACAACAGCGGUGCGUGUCGUGCUACCGCUACAGUAGUUUUGCUCGCGACGUUACUCGCCGUCAGAUGAUGUCGCGUCAUAACGUGUUCGGUUAUGGUUUGCAUUUAGAUAGUACGGUCACGAUCAUGGGUUGA